AUGAAUCUCAGAGUCACCGUCAUAGCCCUCAUCAAGCUGGCUUCGGCGGCUAUCAACCACGAGAUCGACCCAGCGCCAUGCAAGAUCCUUAGUGAUGCGUACAAGGCUGCCAAUGCCGCUGGGCAGCCAUUGGAUGUUAACAUCCCUCCAUCCGUGGGCAUCGCCUGCCUCAGAUCCGUUCCAGUCGACAGAGAGCGUGAUCUCAAGCUCAUCGACUAUAUCAUUCCUUACAUAUCGUUCCAGAGCACAAUCGAGAUGCUCAAAAGUCCUCCAGAAGAGUACCUCCUAGACGGAGUAGACAUCCUGGGCGGGAUCCAGACGAUCAAGGAGAAGUUACACAACGGCCAAUACAGUAGCCAAUAUGAGGUAAUGUCCGACCUUCGAAGCAUUUUUGCGGCCGCAAGCGAUAGCCACUUUGACUACAGACCUGCCAUUCUAAAUACUUUCGAGUUCAAACGGCCGGGACUCAACUUGGUUACAAUAUCCAAGGAUGGCGUCGCAUUGCCCAAGGUUUACAUGGCUCCGGAUAUAGUCAAUGAAGAUAAUGCAGCAGAUGUGGUAAACAUCGAUGGAGUCCCUGUCUUCGAUUUCCUUGAAAAGGAAGCAGUUUACCAGAAGUGCCAGGACCCCGACGCGCAGUACAACAGUCUGUUCAACAGUCUUCCAUCCUUGGCUACACAAGGGCUUGGUGGGACCUUGAUUACACGUUUCGAAGUUCCCGAUAACCACACUGUUCAGUUUUCGAACGGAACGUCGCGAGUCACACAAAAUUAUGUCUCCUUUCUCCCUGGCGUCAACUUCACAGACGUCGACUCGGGAGACGCAUUUCAUCGCAAGUUCGAGCUUCCUCCAGCCACUGUCCCGAACGCAAAGUCAGAAGAUUUCCCUGUUGCUUCACCAAUUCAGAAAGAGUCACCUGUGCUAGCAGAUGCUUCGUUCCCUGAGCCCGUGGCUAAGCACUCCAAAGGCUCGAUUGCAGGAUACUUUCUCAAUGGGCCGGGCUUCGAGGACACCGUUGUUCUGUCCCUCCUCCGUUUUGUACCCAUACAUCUCAAUGAGCCUUUCAACUUCACAGAUUUUGUUCUAGAAGCUCGAGAUGUCGUCGUCAAGACGGUCCAGAAAGCCCGAAAAGAAAAUCGCGAUAAACUCCUGAUAGAUCUGUCUGCAAAUAUUGGCGGCUCCAUUGCCAUGGCAGCAGAUGUCUAUGCCCUCUUGUUCCCUCAGGCGCAGUUCAAUAAUUUCGGUCGAUUACGCGCCACCGAAUCUCUCAAACUUCUGGCCCAGGCCGACUAUAGCGCAACUCGAGAGCUUUUCAACAUCCCAAAUUUCCCACUGGACCAAAAUAAUAGGACGCUUGGUAAUGCCAGCGACUUUAUCGGACCGUACACGGUGAAGGGUGAGACGGUCACGGCUGCGUAUCAAUUCGACAGGACCAAGCCAGAAAUCCCACCCAACUUUUACGUCAAUGCACAAGGCCCAGGGCCGGCGCCUAUCCCCGAGCAGCCGUUCAAGCCGGAAAAUAUUCUCAUCAUAACAGAUGGAACAUGUGCAUCGGCAUGCACCAUCCUUACUGGGUUAUUGACCCGCAACCAGGGGGUUCGGACUGUGGCCUUGGGCGGCCGACCCUUACCGUACCCCAUGCAGGCCAUGGGUGGAGUCAAAGGAACUCUCUUCACAGGCUUUUCCAGCAUCCACUAUACGUUCAAGCAGCUGGCCUCUUUUGCUUCGGCAAAUCCGCAGAUGGCAGACGUCUUCAAAGGUCUUCAGGGGGCAAUCCCUAGCAAUGAAACUGCCCCACUUCUGCCUUUGAUUGAAAAUAGUGGUGGUGUGAACAGUCGGAGCGAUUACACGAAGGAGGACCUUGAGGGUUAUCCAGUGCAUUUCAAGUACGAAGCAGCUAACUGUAAGCUGUUCUAUACGCGGCAGAUGGCAUUGGAUGUCAGCGAGACGUGGCGACGGGCCGCCACCGUUGCCUGGAAGAACGGAAGCUGUGUUCCCGGCUCCACUGUCAACAACGAUGGCACUAUUGGAAGCAGGGCAGUGCCGUUCAAUAGUCGCGUCAAAAGCAGGGCACCAGGGAUUAAGACACCAAAGCCCUUGGCGCCGGCAACGCUAUAG